AUGAAAGUUUCUGUCACUUUCCUUAUCUUGGGCUUACUCAUCCUGCUUCUUGAGGCUAACCCAGGAAUCAAGGUGAAAAUCACACAGAAAGCAUUAGACUAUGGAAAUCAAUUUGGAAUAGAGCUUCUGAAGCAGAAGUUAAAGGAAAAGAUCUUUGAAGACUGGAAUGGAGAAUCUACAUAUGCAUUUUUUGCACUCAAUUACACAAUUUCAAAGAUAAAAAUUGAAAACAUGGAAUUUCCCAACACAUCCUUGUCUCUCAUCUCUGGAACUGGGAUUAAACUAUUAGUGGAAAAUGCUUCAGCAAUGGCUCUUGCAGAUUGGAGCGUGGAGACCUGGCUAUUCAAAGAUUCUGGAAGAGGGGCUGUCUUCAUCUCAGGAAUAUCUCUCACAGCAAUUGUAAAAGUGUCUCAGAAUGUAUUUGGUCAUUUAAAAUUGUCGCUUGACAGCUGUAAAGGAGAUAUAGAUGAUAUGGACAUCAAACUGAAUCAAUCUUAUAGAUGGUUAUAUACAUACUCUACUACUUCUGUGGUAACAUCGCUGUGUAGUGUGCUGGCCUCAAAUUUGUGUCAUCAAGUGAAUUUUGUGAUCCAAAAGAUUAAUAAAAACUUCAACCAAUAUCCAGUCCAAGUUCAGAUUGGUCACUUUGCAGUAAUAGACUAUUCCCUGUUAAACUCUUCAACUAUCUUGGAAUCAUCAAUUGACUUGGAUUUAAAGGGAACAGUCUAUCCAGUGGAAGAAACCACAGAACCCCCCUUCAAGCCAACUCCCUUUGUUCUUCUGAAUGAGAACAACUCUAUGUUCUAUAUAGGAAUCUCAGAAUAUUUCUUGCAGUCUGCUUCACUGGCUUAUUUCAUUUCUGGGGCUUUUACUAUCUCUGCUGAGCAAGAGGAAAUGCUUUCUUCUUAUUUCAAGUUAACUACAGAUACAUUGAAUAGCAUCAUUCCCACUAUUUCUCAUAUUUAUGCAAAGCCACUUCCAGUAAUUAUGAACAUAAGAAUUAUCGAUGCACCUGUGAUUAGUCUGCAUGACAAUAAAUCCAUCCUGGUAUUUUCUGCUUCUAUGGAAGUAUUGGCAAAGAUGCCAAACUCAACCACUGAAUCCAUGUUCACCUUGAACAUAACAACUAGAACGCAUGCAGAUUUGACUAUAUUUGAUCGGAGGUUGCUAACUACAUUGUGCUUGAACAGUUUCCACAUCUCCUUGGCUCAUUCCAACGUUGGCCUCUUUGAGGCUUCACUUUUGGAUAAUUUCCUGUCUUACAUUUUACGAACUGGAAUAAUUCCAGCAGCCAAUUUUCAACUAAAGGAUGGAUUUCCUCUGCCUGUCUUGGACACAAUUUUUCUUAUGAAGCCCAGUAUUAGAAUUUAUGAGGGUUUCUUGCUGAUUUCCACUGAUGUUCAAAGCCUACGAUAA